CUCUCGUGAACUACUUGAGACGGCCCGAAUUUCCGCAUGACGCUUCCCCGCGGAGACAGGUGCAAUCCAACGAGAAAUUAAUCAAUCGAUAUCGUUAUUAGCUAAACGUCGGAUUCUCUUCUAAUGACGGUCAUUAGUUGCUCGGCAGAUGCGAUCCGCGGUCGGUCAUCGUGUUUAUAUAAUAACGUGUUGCAGCUCAAAAUGUUCUUGGCGUUAUUGACGGUGGCGUUGGUCAUCUGUAAGACUUCACAAUCGUCCAUGUUCGACCAGUGUGGUCCUCGUCACACAAACCUUACCCAAGAAUGCGUGGGCAAAUUUAUAUUGGAGACUCUGGCCAAAGUCACCGAAGACCCUGAGAAUUUCUUUGGAUCAAACCAAUUAAAUAACGACAGUGGAACGAUGAUGAGAUUUAUCAAACUGAAAUUCGAUAACGAUACAAUGAACAUCGAUCAACGCUACGAAAUCGACGAGAGUAGAUCGUGGACCGCGGGAAAUUUUUGGGAUCAAUUGGUUUACGCAUUCAAAAAACUGACCAAUUACAGCACCGACCACGGAAUUCUAUUGUCCCUCCCGCAAUGGUCAAAAAAAUUUCCACCUGUCACAGUCGUUGACGAGAACGAUGUUUUCCAAGUGGUCAACGAAAGUCGAGCCAAGCACCCACACAAGAAGUACGCGCUGCUGUUCCCAUUGCUGGCAACGUUCAAGUUCCUGGUGAUCAAAACGCUGUUGGUGCCCAUAUUGGUGGCCGUCAUGAUCAUCAAGAAGAUGCUGGUGCUCGGAGUCAUGGCACUGCCCACCGUGUUGACCAUGUUGCGGUUCUGCCGGAACCCCAACUUCGGGGGCUUUGGGUUUGGUGCCGGUAACCUUGUGGCCACGGGCGCCGUAGGGCCGGUUGGCCAAGCGGCAGCAUUCGCGCCCCUCACCGCCGACAUGUCGGGCGACUACUCCUCGUACGUGCAACAAUCGGCCGCCGCGUCCCAGCAGAACGGCGCCUACAAGGACUACUCGAAGAACCUGAUGGACGCCAUGAAGACAACUUACUGACGGAGUGGCGGCAAAGCUCGACACUCGUAUUUAAGUAGUUGCAUCGCAAUUAUUGUUGUCGUUUUAUACGAUUUAUAAUAUAGACACUACAUCCCGGACCCACACCACCCUCGUACAUUUCAAACAUCCAACUACUCAUUAUUUGCAUUAUUUUAUGGGUACCUACCCUGUUACAGUACCUGUAUCUACCGUCCCAUACGUGCGUGUUAAGUAGCUACCUACAAAACGCGUACCGAUAAGAUAACUAACAUUAUGUUUCCUCCAGACGCGGUUCUAUAAUAUAUAUUAUAUUUUUACAACUUCCGAGUGAUUCGCUAAGCUGAUGGCAAUCUAUUUCCGAAAACUACUUGACAGUUGAAAGUACUAUUUGAAGCAAAAAAUUUGACACCUCACUCCUUAGCUACAUGGGUAUUUCCAAAACAUCCCUACAUCCUAACCUACCUUACUUUGGAUAUUAUACUAUUAUCAUACGUUUUAACCAAGUAAUGAAUUCCUAAGUACCUACGCUACCUAAUUAACUCAAAUUGGGUUUGUUUUUUUCCGUAUUUCAGAAAUAAAAAAAAUAUGUAGGUAUCUGUAUAGAUUAUAAAACUACUGUAGCAUGAUUUACUUACCUACCUAUAUACGUGAAAUAAUAUUUAUAAGCCACACAAGCAUUUUUAAUAAUAAGCCGUUUUACGCGAUAUUAAUAAGUAU